AGCCGCGGGGGCAGGCCGCGCCUGGGCCACUGAAGGGGGUUGGAUCCCGGCGGGGUGUGGGGGCUGCGACCAUGAGAAGACACCGAAAUGAAGUAACAAUUGAAUUGCGGAAGAACAAAAGAGAUGAACAUCUUUUGAAAAAAAGAAAUGUUCCCCAAGAAGAAAGUUUAGAAGACUCUGAUGUUGAUGCUGACUUCAAAGCACAAAAUGUAACACUAGAAGCUAUAUUGCAGAAUGCUACAAGCGAUAACCCUGUAAUCCAGCUGAGUGCUGUACAAGCUGCAAGAAAAUUGUUGUCUAGUGACAGAAAUCCACCUAUUGAUGACUUAAUAAAAUCUGGAAUUUUGCCAAUCCUGGUAAAAUGCCUAGAAAGGGAUGAUAAUUCUUCGUUACAGUUUGAAGCUGCAUGGGCAUUGACUAACAUAGCAUCAGGCACUUCUGCACAGACCCAAGCUGUGGUACAGUCUAAUGCAGUACCACUCUUUUUGAGACUACUCCAUUCACCACAUCAGAAUGUUUGUGAGCAAGCUGUUUGGGCCCUUGGAAAUAUUAUAGGUGAUGGUCCUCAGUGUAGAGAUUAUGUCAUAUCACUGGGAGUUGUCAAACCUCUUCUGUCCUUCAUCAAUCCCUCCAUUCCCAUCACCUUCCUUCGGAACGUCACAUGGGUCAUAGUAAAUCUCUGCAGGAAUAAGGACCCCCCACCGCCUAUGGAGACAGUUCAGGAGAUUUUGCCAGCGCUGUGUGUUCUCAUAUACCAUACAGAUAUAAAUAUUCUCGUGGACACUGUUUGGGCUUUGUCCUACCUAACAGAUGGUGGUAAUGAACAGAUACAGAUGGUGAUUGAUUCAGGUGUUGUACCUUUUCUAGUUCCUCUUCUGAGCCAUCAAGAGGUUAAAGUUCAAACAGCAGCCCUGAGAGCAGUAGGCAACAUAGUAACUGGUACGGAUGAACAGACGCAAGUUGUUCUCAACUGUGAUGUUCUGUCUCACUUCCCAAAUCUCCUGACACAUCCAAAAGAGAAGAUAAACAAGGAAGCAGUUUGGUUCCUUUCCAAUAUCACAGCAGGAAACCAGCAACAAGUGCAAGCUGUAAUAGAUGCUGGACUAAUCCCUAUGAUCAUACACCAGUUGGCUAAGGGGGACUUUGGAACGCAAAAAGAAGCUGCUUGGGCAAUUAGCAAUUUGACAAUAAGUGGAAGAAAAGAUCAGGUUGAAUACCUUGUGCAGCAGAAUGUAAUCCCACCAUUCUGUAACUUACUGUCAGUAAAAGAUUCCCAAGUGGUACAGGUGGUCCUAGAUGGUCUGAAAAACAUACUCAUAAUGGCUGGUGAUGAAGCUAGCACAAUAGCUGAAAUAAUAGAAGAAUGUGGAGGAUUAGAGAAAAUUGAAGCCUUGCAACAACAUGAGAAUGAGGACAUUUACAAACUAGCAUUUGAAAUCAUAGAUCAGUAUUUCUCUGGUGAUGAUAUUGAUGAAGAUCCCAGUCUCAUUCCUGAAGCCACUCAAGGAGGUACUUACAAUUUUGACCCAACAGCCAAUCUUCAAACAAAAGAGUUUAAUUUUUAAGUUCAGUGCAGUGCAGCUUCUCUGUCCCACACCAAUACAAAGCACCACCAGAUGGCUACCACGUGAAGAAACAAAAGGCUCCAAGAUACACAUGCCUCUUUGUUUUGAUGCUUCUAAAGCAAGCCAUGUAUCGGUCACUUUGCAGUUGCCAAAAGUCACUAUCACAUGGACUGUAAAUGCAUAUGCAUGAUCUCUUAAACUGUUUUAGAAUUCUUUUUAACAGUCCCAACUACCUUUUUUGCCUUUUCUCCCCGGUGCCACAUGCUGACAACCUCAAUCUGCAGUUUUGUUUAAAAUAUUCCACAGUAGUGGCACAUCGGCUUUCCACGGAAAAGUAGCUUCUUUGGAAAAUGGUGCGCUGUGAAUCAAGACACUUUGGUAUGAUGCAUACAUUUUGGAAGACUAUACAGAGGCACAGUUUAAUCUGAGCCUCCAUCAUUGUCCUCCACAAACAUAUUUUCAUAUACUUCAUGUGGAAGAAUAGAUUAAAAAGCAAGCCAAAUGAAUUUCAUUGGUGAAACUGAAAUAAAAGUAACUUAAAACACUUGGCAAUUGAUUAAACAGUUAAGUUAACAAAACAAACUACUUCA